UAUAGGGACCUCUGGUACGGCCACCUUACAGUUUAGUUAUCAUUGUGUGGCUGAAUGAGGGAGGAAUAUCUUUGAUUUCUUCUGAAGAGAACGUUCACUGCCUAACAUGUCUGACGUAGAUAUCAUUAACAGAGAUCCCAACCAGAUCAACUCGCAUCUUCAGUGCCAAUUCGAGGAUGUUAUAGCCGAGCCCGAGGGUACCCACUCUAUCGACUGUGUGUGGAAGCUUUCUUACACUUGUUUCACCUGCUGGAAAGGUUUAUGUUACAAGAUUUCCACGCUCCUCUGUGGAAUAUGCAUUGCCGCUCAAUGGGGCUGUGACUUCGCCCAGAUUUCGUUCUACCACAUCUGGUUCUUCACACCCUGCUUCAAAUGCCUGGAUCUCAACUGCGGCUGUCUAAAGAAGCUCUGGACCCAGUGUGUAUCGUGUUGUCUUGACCCGCUAUGCGAAUCCUGCGGGCUUCUGUUCCACGCCUUCAAGAAAAACUGAUCGGUGAGACACUUAGCGAAGUUGGAAGAAGAUUCAUAUAACAGAGAUAUGAGUGGACAUUUCAUGUUCAUGUUUUAUAUCCACAAACAUGGAUGUUAAGUGAUUAUGUGUCUGCUGAUAAGACAGCAUUUAAUUGGAAGUACAAUACGGUUGUAUAGUAUCAUUUCGUCUUAAGCUCUCUGUGAUUGUGAUUUAUUGUAUACAUCUAUCAUAUAUGUAUUUUUUUUUUUCAUUUUACUAUUAUUUAAAAAAACAAAUUGUUACUUUUAGUGUGUAAUUAAAAACUAAAUAAUCUC